GCAUAGGUAGAUUUUAAAGUGGUUUGCAGUUGCAGACAAAGUGAUGGCUUCAUAAAUGCAUUAUAAGGCUUCUCCACUCUUCUCCUCUCCUACUUCUCUGGGCUAUUAAAGAUUCUGUCACUGAUCAAUCCAACCUCUACUCCAAGCCUCAGCUGAGAAGGAGUUUCAUUGGACAUGGGCCACAAAUAUUUUGUCAUAUGGUUCUGCCUGUGGGCAGUGAGCUUGUCUCUCCUCCCGGAUCGGUCUAAUGCCUUGGUUAGAAUUGCGCUGAAGAAGCGGAAGUUGGACGUUCGUGAUCUCGAUAAUGCCCGGAUUGCGAGGAAGCUGAGGUAUGGCCAUGAGGGAUCGGCUCACCGGUUUGGCAGCGGAGAAGAGGACAUAGUGCCCCUCAAUAACUACCUGGACGCGCAGUACUAUGGAGAGAUCGGUAUCGGGACUCCUCCCCAGACCUUCACCGUCAUAUUCGACACCGGGAGUUCGAAUCUUUGGGUCCCCUCUUCAAAGUGUUACCUCUCGCUCGCUUGCUAUUUCCAUUCCAAAUACAAGGCAAGCCAAUCGAGUACAUAUACCAAAAUCGGGACAACUGUUGAGAUAACCUAUGGGUCAGGAUCAAUAUCGGGUUUUCUCAGCAAAGACAAUGUCGAAGUUGGAGAUCUUACUGUCCAACAUCAGGUAUUCAUCGAGGCUACGCAAGAGUCAAGCCUUACGUUCGUACUGGCACGGUUUGACGGUAUUCUCGGGCUGGGGUUUCAGGAAAUAGCCGUUGCAAAUGUUACACCUGUGUGGUACAAUAUGGUGCAGCAAGAUCUUGUCAAAGACGAGGUUUUCUCCUUCUGGUUGAGUUCCGAUCCAAACGCAAAGGAGGGCGGCGAGAUCGUUUUCGGCGGAGUUGAUCCGAAACAUUAUAUAGGCAAGCAUGUUUACGUUCCGGUUACUAAAAAGGGCUAUUGGCAGUUCGAAAUGGGCGAUAUUCUAAUCGGGGGCCAGUCGACAGGUGUAUGUGAGAAUGGUUGCGCGGCUAUUGUGGACUCGGGAACGUCCCUCCUCGCAGGCCCGACAGCCAUCGUGGCGGAAAUUAAUAAUGCUAUCGGGGCCAAAGGAAUUAUAAGUACCGAGUGCAAGCAAGUCGUGUCCCAGUACGGGGACAUAAUAUGGGAUCUCCUCAUUGCAGGGGUGCAACCCGACAAAGUGUGUUCACAGAUCGGUUUAUGCCUCUUCAAUGGCACUCAGCUCGUGAGAAACGGGAUUGAAAUGGUUGUUGAGAAGGAAAGCAGGAAUGAAACAAGAGCUGGAGAUCUUCUGUGCACUGCCUGUGAGAUGACCGCAAUUUGGAUAAAAAAUCAGCUCAAACAAAAGGAAACCAAGGACCGAGUACUCAAUUAUGUGUCUCAGCUCUGUGAGAGCCUUCCGAACCCGACUGGAGAAACGUUGAUUGACUGCAACAAAAUCUCAGACAUGCCGAACAUAACCUUCACCAUUGGGAGCACACCUUUCAACCUCACUCCAGAGCAGUAUAUUCUCAAAACAGGCGACGGCCUUGCUACUGUCUGCAUAAGCGGGUUCAUGGGUUUCGAUUUACCUCUCUGGAUUCUUGGUGAUGUGUUCAUGAGGGUGUAUCAUACCGUCUUCGACUACGGCAAUCUUGAACUCGGCUUUGCUGAAGCUGUUUGAGAACUCCAUGCUCUUUCUGGAUGACGGGAAACCACAUUCUCCAUCUCAAAAAGAUGAUUUCGGAGAAAUAUUGUAGUUCGUGUAUCUCAAACAGAUUAUUUUAGAGAAAUAUCGUCCUUCGUGCAUUGUAGUAGGGCAAGAGUUGUACAAUUGCUGUAACAAGAAUUGUAUCCUGAGAUUCAUAUGCGUGUUAUCAUUUUCAAGUCGUAUAUACGUAUGCUGAGUUAUUUGAAUAGCACCA